AUGCCAUAUUAUCGUCAACAGGGACAACUUUUUCAUUCACAUACUCGUAGUCGUCCAACAUCAUCAACAAAUGGACAACAUCAUACAACAACACAUACUGCUAUUCAUAUGAGUGCUUGCAAAUUUGUAUCAAGCAUAUUAUGUCGUUUUACAUUUUCUUUAUUUUUAUUUGCUAUUGCACUUUUUCUAUUUCAAUUAUCGAUAAAUAAUGUAUCAAACAAAAAAAAAGGCUCAAAUAUUAUUGCUGCUAUUUUAUUAACUAUUGCUGUUGUUUCAUUUUUACGUACAUGUCAAACAUUACGACGUUAUUUAACAAUCAUGCAAACUAGGCGUCGACUUAUUCAAAGAUUACGUGAACGACAAGAAGCGUAUGAUUUGGCGUUAGCAUCAAAUACUGAUGUUAAUUCUGAUCUUAUCAUGGGUGAUAACACUGAUUUACCAUCAUAUAAAGAACUUUUUCCCUCUCAUCCAGAUAUCAGUAUCAUUGACAAUGAUCCAUCAUCAUCAUUACCGCCUCCAUCUUAUGAUGAUUUUGUUAAAACACUUGGUGUUCGUCAAUCAACUACAUCUCUUCCAAUAUCAUCUUUACAAUCUCAUACAUUAUCAUUGCCGACAACAAAUUUAUCAAUGUCAUCAACUCAAUCCCAAACAAGUCCAACACGAUGUAUUUGGAUAACUCAUCGAACACAACGACCUGCUUUUAUUCGUGGUACUGUGACAUAUGUUUAA